AUGAACAGACUUGCAACAAACUUUACACAACUUAAACUGUUAAAUACUUUAACAAAGCAACAACAAAAGAUCAAUAACAACAACAACAAUCUAUUGUCACUUCAUAAUACUACAAUUACAACUACUUUUGCAUCAACACCAGUCUCGCGAUUGGUGUCCAACUACUCUCGCCAUGUACACAAAUCAUACACUCCAACUCAACAACAACCUCAACCACAAACAUCACUGUUAUCAACAGCUGUAAUCAAUGCCGCUGUCACCAUCACCUCAACAUACCCUUCACACAACCUCAACAAGAACAAUCUUCUCCUACUUUGUAGACACUUCACUACAUCCUCUUCGCCACCUCCUCCUCAACAGCCACAGCCACCACCACAGAACAAUAACAACACCGAUCCCUCAAAGGAGCAGCAACCAAAGAAGGAGGAGAUGACGAGUGCACAGCAAAGGGUCAGGAAGUUCACCAGAGAUAGUGGCCUGCUACAGAUGUACAGUAGGAUAACGGACAGACUCAAGUUCGUGUUGACCAGACAUAAGCCGCUGACUUCGGAUCACAUGUUUGCCAUCUUCAGUUGGUUGCUCUUUGGAACUGGCUCACUAAUCAUACUUGGAACGACAACACUGGUCUCUCUCAUACUCUGGAUCGUAAACACAUUCGAGUUCUCAGAAUGGGCUGCCAAGCGUAUUGGCAAGUAUCUUACAACAAACACUGGCAUUAACAUCACGUUCGAGGGCGCACGUGGCGAGUGGAAGACUGGCUACAUCAGAUUGGAGAAUGUCACAGUGUCACGUAAGCCAAGAAGUGAUGAGCAUUUGUCCUCGAUCCAGCUGUCGAUCAAACAGAUCGAUAUCAAGCUCAGCAUCCUUUGGAUGCUUGAGGGCAAGGGUAUCAUCCAGGAGUGUUUGGUGUCCGGUGUGCGAGGUAUCAUUGACCGAAGGACCGAGGGUGUCUAUGUCGGUACCAACAUGAUCUAUCCAAGAAAGAAGAAAUCGCCUGGAGACUUUGUAUUCAACAGACUUGAUGUCAAGGACCUCUUGAUCACCUUUCACAAGCCAGACACAACACAUAGACCGAUGCUCAUUUCGAUCUUUAGUCUAGAGAGCAGUCGCUUCAGGAAGCAAUGGCUACUGUACGACAUCUUCUGCUCAAAGAACAUCGUCGGCAAGUUUGACGGCUCACUCUUCACCUACACCGUGCCACAGCUCCAAACGAUGGACCCAGAGACACUGUCCAAGUUUGAACAGCGCGAGCUCAAGAUUGAUGGAAUGGAUAUUGAGCAUCUGUCAAAGAAUGCCACUGGUCCACUUGGAUGGAUAAAGGAUGGUACCUUUGAUAUCCAACUUAACCUCCUACUACCAAAGUGUCCCGAGCAUGAGAUCCUCGUCGACACUGAGAGUACCGCAGUAGACUAUGGUAUCAUCCCAUUGGAUAGAGAUCCAUUCAAGAACCUACACCUCAAUGUUAAUGUACAAUUGAAUCACUUGUUCUCUGUGGCGCCACUGUACACACCAGAGCUAAGCUAUCUGUCCAAUGCACUGGCACAUCCAAUCGUGGCCUACAUCAACUCGCACUCCAAACACAUUCCUCUGCAGUUUGACUUCUCUCUAAAUCUCCGUCAGUUCAAUGGCGCAUGGACACUGAGCCAAGCGUCGUUCUGGGAAGUGUUGUCCGACUCGGUCGGACGUGAGUUGGCCAACAAAGUCAAAGAAACCAAGAACGUCACCACUCUUCGACAUGUCGCCGGUGAGCUACUCACCGAUUUGAUCGGGUGGGUCAAGCCAUUCAUUGAGAGGAACCGUCAAGAGUACCGAGCACUACUCGAAGAGCAACAAGCAAUGUCACAACGCUUUCAAUUAAACGCAUAA